AUGACUUUCCCCGUAGUUUUGAAGUCUAGCGUAGGCACCCACAUCUACGUACGUGUUUACUACACAUCUGUCGGUCGUCGGAUCGGAAUCUCGGAAGAAGCCAUAGCCUACAUCUUUGGGAUUCUUCCCAUAGUCGUUAUUCUCGUUAAAUUCGUGAUUGCCUAUAUCGUUGACAAAACCGAGAGGGCCAGCGCAAUGCUGAUUGUCCUGCAGGCGACCUUACUCGUUUCAAACGGAGUGACGUUUUUCAGCCACUGUUUUCAAAAUAAAGUAAAGCAAACCAACGUACUUAAGUCCUGGAAAGAGACGCCUAGCGACAAAAGUAGGUGCGAACUGAGCUGCAUGAACAAAGUAGUUGCCGUGAACGCAUUUAGCCUGUGGUUGUACGUCGUGUUCGUUGUAACAGCGACGGCCGUCAGCAUGGCCACUAUGGUUGUGACAGACUCUGCAACUUGUGAAGUGCUGGCCGAGAAAGGAAGUUUCGUGGGAAAGCUGAGGCUGUGGGCUUUCAUUAGCAUUGGAAUGAGCAGUCUACUGAUCGGAGCUUUGAUUGGCGUAGAUAACAGCGGGAUAGAGAACAACGUUGGCUUUACUCCGUGCUUCUACGUUGUCGCCGUCUUUGCGCUGCUGGAUAUACUGUUCCUCUUCCGCGCACCACGGCUGAAGAUGUCCAAUCGGUCCACCAGCUUCUUCAAAGACACGUGGACCGUCCUCAAGAGUAUAGACAUGAUGGUCUUUUCUUUGUUUUCUUGCUUCAUCGGUGCCUUUGGUGCCUUCCACGUUUCCUACAACGUCUGGUUUCUAGAGGACAUCGGUUCAUCCCAACUCACAAUCGGGCUUGCCAGCGCAGUCCAAAAUCUGGCCGUGCAAGCUCCUCUGCUUUUUGUCUCCGGGCAUAUCUUCAAAGGGCUCGGGUAUUUCUUAACGUGUUCCCUGAUUUUCCUAGCGUUCGCUUUGAAAUUCGUAGGUUUUUCGUUGAUUUACAAUCCGUGGUACGCGGUGGUUGUCGAUGUAACAUACGGUGCGGCCCACUCGCUGAUGACGGGCGCAAUGCCAGCGUUCGCUCAGGAUCGUGCCCCUGGAGGCACUGUGACAACCCUCUUGUCUGUUCUCAUCGCCUGUACAGAGGGCAUCGGUGUUUUAUUGGGGAAUCUCGUCGGUGGCCUGGGCUUCGGCAAAUUCGGAGGGCGCCUCAUGUUUCGCUACGUCGGGAUCGCUGCUGCUACUUGCAUGCUGCUCAGCGCCCUCUUCGCCGCUACCCAGCUGAAAAAGAGUUGCACCUUUUCUCCGAACCGCGAAGCGAAGAAAGGGGAAGGACAGCCAGGUACGUUGAGACCAUAG